CAGAGGCAGUAGUCCUUGGGUGAUCAUCGUACUCCGCUGUGUUUCCCAUCAUUUGGGUAGCUGUUGCUUUCAAAGCUGGAGACAUUGUAUGGGGGCAUCAGCUGAGAAGAGACCGUUCCCAGAGCUUCACUGAGAGACACCACACAGCAUGACAUCUGUCUUGGAUAAGUACUGCGGCUCCACAUUCUGGAAUGCUUCUCUCCUGGACCGCCCUGAUCCCGACCUUACUGUCUGCUUCGAGAGGACCGUACUGGUGUGGAUUCCUCUGGGCUUCCUAUGGCUUGGUACGUCAUGGCAAGCUUUGGCCCUCUGCAGGUCGAGACAAGCUGGAGGCCCCUGUUCAAGACUCUACCUGAUAAAACAGAUCGUUGCCUGCCUCCUGUUCCUGAUCUCUGUGGCUGAGUUGAUCCUCACAGUACUGGAAGACAUUGAGAUGAACGGAGACCUCACAACGGACAAGCAGAACCCGGUUGUGUCCUACGUAAAUGCUUUCCUUUACAUACUGUCUUGGUUCGUGGUGAUGCUUAUCCACGAGGGACGGAGACGGGCCGACGACACGAACUCUGCCUGCCUCUUCAUCUUCUGGCUGGUCUCGGUGCUAUGCGAUGUGUUUAUGCUGCAGACUCUCAUCAGAACAGCCAUUGCACAGGGUGGUCCACCAGAUUUGCCACGGUUUGUACUGUUCUGUGUCUCUUAUGGUCUCAAGUGCACGUCCCUGGUUGUUUCCAGCUUUGCUGACGUAUCUGCAGAGAAACGAGCGACUGCAGAGAAGAACCCACAAGUAUCUGCAUCUUUUCUCAGUCGAAUAACAUUCAACUGGUUCAAUAGGAUGAUGUGGAAAGGGUACAGAAAACCCCUGGAGACCAAGCACUUGUGGGAGCUGAAUGAGGAGGAUCAGUGCCAAACCAUUUUCACUAAGUUUGAGAAGCAGAUGGAACAAGAACUGAGGAAGGCCCGAAAGAGGUUGGAAAGAAAGCAGGGGAAGGAAAUGCACAACGAUGCAGAACAAAUGAAUGGAUUUGACAGAAGUGCCAGCCAAGAUAUCCUAGUGAUGGAAGAAAAGAGAAGGAAGGACAAAAAGGCAAAGCCCCGCACGGAGGAGUCGGCAACGGGGUGGUUGGUGCUUGCCAUACUGAAAACCUUUUGGUACAUCCUCUUAAAGGGGAUGGUGUUUAAAGUCUGCCACGACACACUGCUGUUUGUCAGCCCCCAGCUACUGAAGCUGAUGGUUUCCUUCACUGAAAAUGAGUCCGUCUACGUGUGGAAGGGGUACAUGUAUGCCGUGCUGCUGUUCAUCCUGGCCGCCCUUCAGUCGGUGAUGUUGCAGCAAUACUUCAACUGCUGCUUCCUGCUCGGAAUGCGAGUCCGGACGGCUGUCACUGCUGCCGUCUACAAGAAGGCCCUGACUGUGUCUAACAAGGCCCGGAAGGAUUCCACUGUGGGGGAGAUUGUGAACUUGAUGGCUGUGGACGCACAGCGGUUUAACGACGUCACCAACUUCAUUCACCUGCUGUGGUCAGCCCCGCUGCAGAUUGCAGUUGGCAUCGCCUUCCUCUGGCAGGAGCUGGGGCCCUCGGUCUUGGCUGGGUUCGGGCUCAUGAUCCUACUCAUUCCCAUCAACGGAGUGCUGGCCAGCAAAAGUAGAGCACUGCAGGUGAAGAAUAUGAAGCACAAAGACUGGCGGAUGAAAUUAAUGAAUGAUAUCCUGAGCGGGAUUAAGGUUAUGAAAUUUUAUGCCUGGGAACCAUCCUUUGAACAGCAAAUUUUCGAAGUAAGGGAAAAGGAGUUGAAAAUGAUAAAGAAGUCCACAUUCUUGCUGGCUGUGGCUAUAUUCCUUGUUACAUGUACACCAUUCAUGGUUUCUCUGAUCAGCUUUGCUGUCUACCUGGCUGUGGAUGAGAACCAUGUCUUGGAUGCUGGAAAAGCCUUCACCUCCAUAUCUCUCUUCAACAUACUGAGAUUUCCGCUGAUAAUGUUACCAAUGCUGAUCUCGUCGAUGACCCAGGCCACUGUUUCCUGCAAAAGGCUCGAGAAGUUCCUGGGAGGCAAUGACUUGGACACAUCAGCAAUCCGGCACAAUCCCACUUUCGAUCUGGCAAUCAGCUUCUCAGAUGCGACCUUCUCAUGGGACAAAAGUGGAACUCCGACCAUUAAGGAUGUAACGUUGGACAUCAGGAUGGGCAGUCUGUUGGCAGUCGUGGGCCCAGUGGGAUGUGGGAAAUCCUCUCUGAUGUUGGCAAUCCUGGGUGAGAUGGAGAAUGUGAGAGGCUUCAUCAACACCAAGGGUACAUGUGCCUAUGUCCCUCAGCAAGCUUGGAUCCAGAACAACACCCUGCAGGACAACAUCCUGUUUGGCUUGGAGCUGAAUGAAGCCCGGUACCGGAAAAUCCUGGAGGCAUGCGCUCUCUUACAGGACCUGGAGCUGUUGCCUGCGGGAGAUCAAACGGAAAUCGGAGAAAAGGGCAUCAACCUGAGCGGAGGGCAGAAGCAACGGGUUAGCCUGGCCCGGGCAGUGUACAGUGACGCUGACAUCUACAUCCUGGACGACCCUCUCUCCGCCGUCGACGCUCAUGUGGGGAAGCACAUCUUUGAGAAGGUGAUCGGCCCAAGUGGUCUUCUAAAGGGCAAGACCCGAAUCCUCGUCACACAUAAUGUCACUUUCCUGCCCCAAGUGGACAAUAUUGUUGUGCUGGUGGAUGGUUCAGUGUCUGAAGUAGGAUCGUACAAGGCAUUAAAGGCAAACAGGGGUGCGUUUGCGGACUUCCUGAACACAUACGGGGAACAGAAUCACAGAGAAGGAGAGCCAACAGUUACCAUGGUGACAGAGGAGGAUCUCGCAAUGGGUGAAGAUCACGGACCGAAGGCAGAUGAACACCCCGGCGACACAGUGACUCUGGAGCUGAAACGGGAGCUCAGUGAUCGAGCCAGGCGCAGGACAUGGAGAAACAGCGUGAGAGUGUCACUGAAGAGGUCCACAAGAAACAAGAACCUGGCGCCAAAGAAAAUGGGGCAGGUGGAGGUGGUGAAGGGUCAAAGGUUGAUAGAGGAUGAGACCAUGGAAACGGGAAAGGUGAAGUUCAAAGUCUACUGGAAGUACUUGCGUGCCAUUGGUUGGUCGUACUCCAUGCUGAUAGUACUGAUGUACCUCACUCAGUACGUGGCUGCCAUUGGACAGAAUUUAUGGCUUAGCGACUGGACCAAUGACGCCAACCGUUACAUCAACGCCACCGACGAGGUCGCUGCAAGGGACUGGCGGAUUGGCAUCUUUGGAGUGCUGGGACUCGCCCAAGGUAUCUUUGUGCUCCUUGGAGCGUUCCUGAUUGCGGGAAGGACGAUCGCUGCCUCCCGGGACCUGCACUCCCGCCUGCUCCACAACAUCCUGCAUCUUCCCAUGUCCUUCUUCGACACCACACCGACAGGCAGGAUUGUCAACAGGUUCGCCAAGGACAUUUACACCAUCGAUGAGGCAAUCCCAAUGUCGUUUCGGAGCUGGCUGUCCUGCUUCUUCGGCGUGCUCAGUACGCUCCUGGCCAUCUGCCUGGCCACACCUUACUUCACUGUUGUGAUCGUGCCUCUUGCCAUUCUCUACUACUUCGUACAGAGGUUUUACGUCGUCACGUCCAGACAACUCCGCCGUUUGGACUCUGUCACGCGGUCGCCCAUUUACUCCCACUUUGGGGAGACAGUAACCGGUCUGGCCCUGAUCCGCGCCUAUGGACACCAGACACGCUUCCUGGCCCACAACGAGAAGAUCAUGGAUAACAACCAGAAGUGUAUCUUUCCCUGGAUUAUCUCGAACAGGUGGCUUGCAAUUCGGCUGGAGUUUGUUGGCAACCUGGUGGUGUUCUUCGCUGCGUUGUUUGCUGUGGUGUCCAGAGGAAACCUGGAGAGUGGGCUCGUUGGACUCUCCAUUUCAUAUGCACUGAAUGUCACGCAGGCCCUGAACUGGCUGGUGAGGCAGACAUCGGAACUGGAGACCAACAUUGUGUCGGUGGAGAGAGUGACUGAGUACAGCCAGCUGGAAAAUGAGGCACCUUGGGUAUUGGAAAACAGACCAGAAAAGAACUGGCCAUCAAAGGGCGAGAUCAGAUUUGUGGACUAUGAGGCGCGAUAUCGGCCAGAGCUGGACCUGGUGUUGCAAGGAUUCUCCUGUGACAUCAGGACCAACGAGAAGAUUGGCAUUGUCGGGAGGACAGGUGCUGGGAAGUCUUCUUUGACCAACUGUCUGUUCCGCAUCAUCGAAGCAGCCGGGGGGAAGAUCCUCAUCGACGGCCUGGACAUCAGCACUAUUGGCCUUCAUGACCUGAGGCAGAGACUCACCAUCAUCCCACAGGAUCCAGUGAUGUUCUCGGGUACCAUCCGGAUGAACCUGGACCCAUUCAACACGUACUCCGACGAGGAGGUGUGGAACACAUUGGAACUGGCUCACCUGAAGGACUUUAUCACCGGCCUCCCUGACAAGCUGCAGCAUGGAGUAUCAGAAGGAGGCGAGAACCUCAGUGUGGGGCAGCGGCAGCUACUGUGCCUGGCCCGGGCACUCCUGCGCAAGUCCAAGAUCCUCAUCCUGGAUGAGGCGACGGCGGCGGUGGACCUGGAGACUGACGAACUCAUCCAGAGCACCAUCCGCAGCCAGUUCGCUGACUGCACCAUGCUCAUCAUCGCCCACCGCCUCUUCACCAUCAUGGACUGCACCCGGGUGAUGGUUCUGGACACUGGAAAAAUCCUGGAAUUUGACACCCCUGCUGCGCUCCUCCAAAGCAAAGGAUGCUUCUACCGUAUGGCGCUGGAUGCUGGCGUAGCAUUGGAAGGGGACACAGCUCUCUAAGAGUCUUUCUGAGCACAAUAAGGGCUGGUGUCAACCGCUCGGAAGGAGGGCACAAGUGUCGAUGAUCUCCACCUCAGUGUCUCAGACUGCUCUCUCAUGUAAAAGAUCCUGACCUUCUGAACUGUAGUGAGCUGCAGUUGGGAUCUCACAUCCAGCACCUCCUCAGACAGGGGAGGCGUGCCUAGGUCUCUGCGAUGGGCACACAGCGGAAUGUCAAGAUUACCUGGCAUCGACUGGGAUCUAUCACACACAUCGUGUGCCCAUGGCUUUCACAUCUCACCACCUCCCCCCAGUUCAAUACUCUCAUCCUCAGCUCCCCGUGGAUUUAACCCACACACCACUGGCUGCCUGGAUUCCUCUCUAUUAUACCACCCUCGCUACAAUCCCCCACAAUUACUCACCAAUACUCUUUACAUUCCCUCUAUAAUUCUCCCACCAAAAUUCGUGAGCAACUUCCCUUCUAUUGCCCCACCACUACUCUCCAAUUCCUUCUGUAACUCCCCAAUAUCCUCCAGACCCCCUCUACAACCCCACCACUACUUUAGGUCCCCUAUAACUUCCCCCCCACCACUGGUUGACCAGACCAUCUUCUUGCCACCUGCCUCUGUGUUGACUUCCAUUUGACAAUGGCUCCCGUGAGGAACCCAUUGAUGUUUUGCUGCUAAAGGUGCUUUGAGUUACCGAGGGGCUCCGGGUAGUUUGGGCAUUACAUUACAGCAGCCUCAGCUGCAACGUAGGGUUAAAUGCUCCAUCUGGAAUUCCUGGUUUGUCUAUUCCCUCACCAACCUGUCUGUUCUCUGCCUCUGCUGAUGCUGGGGUGAAGCUAAAAACAAAUUAGAGGAAUGGCGCCUCAUUUUCCUCUCUGGACUGUCUACAACGAAUGAACUCUCCAACUUGCAGUAACCUGCUCCUCCUCUUUCCUCCAGUUGUUCCCACACACAUCACCCUGCUUCUUUCCCCUCUCCCACCCAUUCCAUCUGCCCAACAUCACCCACACACCCUCCCACUGGGUCUAGUCCCCUCACCCUGUCCCCACCACCCUCACUUGGCUCUACGUUCCACCUAGCACCUCCCAGCCUCUGUUUCUAACCCCACUCUCCCCUCCCCUAUCUGCAUAUGAGCUGUGUACCUCCUCCCCAAUGAUAGCUGUGACAAUUAUAAACCAGUAGCAAUACCCAUUGACACGCAGCCGAAGAUGUGCCAAGCAUCCUGAAGAAGCAAUGUACUGUAUCCCACAUAAUGUCACAGUCCAUGUCCAUCAAAUGGCCUUAUAGCUCUGAAUUACAGUUUAUCAAGGUGUCCGAGCCAUUCCAGCUCCAUAAGCAAGCUUGCUUCAGAUUGAAUUCUUUCACUGAAGUUGCACUGAAAAGAUUUCUGGGCCUAGACCUCUCUCUCACUCUCUCCCCCUCACACACACAAAGACUUUGGAGAAAUAAAAAUCUUUUUAAUUCCCGAA